GUCCCUCCACUGCAGCUACCCGCGGUUGCGGGGUGCGACAUCGAUGUCACAAACGUGGAAGACGUGGACCCCGUCGAGAAUCUUGUCGCAGCCAGCGGGCUGCACAACGAGAGGGUGGCAGCAGAGUUGAAUAGGUUCGCAAUUGCUAUGGAAGAGCACCGCGGAUACAUCGGAAUCGCCAUGUUCGUGAUUUUUGCGUUGCGGUAUCGCGUGCGCGUCUUUCUUUGGUACGGGGACACAUGUGAAGAUGCAUUGCUCAAGUAUGCUCCGUGGGCCAAUGAUGCUGUGAGUGUGGUUGCAAAAUGCCAUGCUGUCUCCUGUGCGUUUCGAGAUGAUGGCUCAGUCCGUGGGUUGGAUGACGAGGCCCUGCGAACCAACCAUUGGGUGGCGGGUUUCCCGCUCGAUGGUGGCGGCGCCCCUGCUGGCGCCAGCCUGGCCGAGAGCAUGUGCGAGGAGACCCGCUUUUUCUAUGCGCAGUACCUGUCGCACUCCGUGCAGCUCGUUGCAACAGUUACGGAUGGAGAUUGUGGCCUCGACGUGAUGUGUUUCAUGCUCGGCUGGAACCGCAGCAGCGUGAACCGGGACGCUCUGCGUUGCGAGUUGUGCGCCUACAUUCUCGAGCACGCGGGCAAUCGAGCUUUCGUGGCGACGUUGCGGCACACGGGAGAGAUCGAUAACCAUUUUGGGCUCUACGAGUUAGAUGCCGCGGGCGCGGCGUUGGUCGCUGCGCGCCCCACGGAGCAUCGCCAUGGUGAUGGCGGCGCAGAGGGCGCCCUGUUAGAGGUGCCGCAGCAAGCAGAGAGGCACUACAGCGAAGAGGAGGUGCGGGCCUUGAGGUGGAAAUGUGACCUGCGCACGGCGGCGCGGGAGAUCAUUGUCGGCAUGCUCAAGCGCCUGCCCGAUGAGUGCGUGAAUGCCAUGGUUCGCGAGCACACGACCCGAGGUGACGGGGGGGCGAAGACGCAAAAAAAAAUUGCGCCGGCGUUCUUGUUGGGCCGCGACGCACCCCCCCCUAAGAAGCGAAAGGCCGCGGAAUACUUCCUAGCAUGGAUGGAGGAGCACAAAGGGCCCUUGGACGGAAAGACCUCUUCUCAAUUGCAGCGCGGCAGAUUCCCGCACGGUCUGUUCAAGGCGUUUGCCACAGAGCACCCCGCCGUCGCCCAGGUCACCGGUCUAGCCGUGCCCCAGGGGGAAAAAAUCCCCCUUGCUCUGAAAGACAAAAAAAAGGCUUGGGUCGAUUACAGGCGAGUAUUCAGAAUAUACCAGCACGCAGUGCAACAGUUCCUGACAUCCGCGGUGGCGGAGCGCCCCGUCCGUCCGGACCAGAAGGGCUGGCAGUACAGAAAAGGGGCGGACUGUACAGUUCGGGACCACAAGCGACGUAGAUGUUGGGGCGCUGGCAGACACAAGGCGCGCGCAACGUUGCGGGGACAAUUGGCCGAGUGGUACAGCAUCAUGCGGCACAGCGUUGACGUGAAGGUCAUGUGCCGCUUCCCAAAGAAAGUCCUGUUGGCGAAAGCGCUGAAACUACAGGAAGAGUAUUAUGUGGCCCACCUAAACAAGAAGACGGCACCUCAGACCGUGCAGAUCAACGGUAGAUGGCUGGCUGGCUUCAUGAGGGAGUGCCGGAUUUCCUCGCGGAAGCCGAAUCGUAAAUUCAAAGUGCCGCGCGUGGUCUUGGCGGAACGCCUGUCUCUUUUCUGGGUCAUCGUGUCGAGACUACGGAAGAUGGUCAUGCUGCAUCAUGGGUACGACCCAGAAAUGCGGAACGUCGACCAAUCUCCAUUCCACAUGAACGAGGCGGGAAGCUGCGAGGGGAACGCGCUUUCACUGACGAGCGCGGUCACAGUACCCUUGAUCGAAAACCAUGCGGCGACGAGGGAGCGCUGGAGCUUGAAUUCGGUCACGGAUUCUUGCCGAGAAAGGGUUAUGCGAGAAGUGCCAGGGUGCGAAUUGAUGUUCAAGGCAGAGGGUAAACAGCUGGAGGGCAAAUUGAAAACAUUCGCGGAAUCCAGACAUGUGCCCUUCAAGUUCUCCGUGGUGACGGGGCCGAGCGGGUCGCACCGAGAGCACGACAUCCUCAAUCAUUUGGGGCUGUCGGAUUUCCUGGAGAAGUGGUUGUUACCGUGGGGCCCUGGCAGGCGGUGGGAGUUGUUUCUAUUAGAUGCGCGCGCCCCUGGUCUCACUGAUAAUGUGCAGCGCUUGUGCUGGACCCGCGGCUACAUCUGCGUGGCCCGCGGUGGUGGGGCUUCUAUGGUCUGCCAAACAAAUGAUACCGACCUGCAUUUGCACAUUCGCAAGAGGUUCAUUGAACUGCAAACGGCCAGGAUGGUCGAGAUAGCGCGAAUCAGUGGCGGCGGCAUGGUGGACCUGACGAAAGAGGAGAACAUCGAUAUCAUGGCACAGGUCAUUUCCAAUAGGGCUCUCCAUGUGCAAGCAUGUAAGGGAUACAAACUCACGGGCACAACGGUCGCAUUGCACGGUUCUGAAGAUGAUCAAAUGUGCAGAGAGGCCAAAGACUUCUGGGAUGAAAUGGGCAUGCGAAGCCGCAUUGACUCCGCGGUGGCGGAAGUUGCGGAGAAGCACGCUGCUGGUCUUUUGCCUUGGAACUACAAGACUGUGCAGUCGCUCAUCACGCCGUACCCUCGCAGGGGCCACCUAGAUGAGGUGAAAAUUGGCCAGGAAGACGAAGCCACCGCGGACCCAGAUGGAGUCCCUUGGGAAACGGACGAGGAGGUGCUGGAUUUCGACGCGGCAGACUGGGUGGAUCCAGGUGAAGCUGCGAUCGCUUUUGCGAAGACCGGAGGUGCUCCGAACAGCCAUGGCGAUGGCGACAAAGAGGAGAGGGCCGCGCAUGGUAUGUCCUUGGGCGACCAGCAGGCGGAACGUAUGAUUCAGGAGUCGUCCAGGAUGAGAUCUUUACAGGAGGCCCUACAGAUAUUUCGCAACAUGAACACUCAGGUGGGUGCGUCUCUUGCUUCCGCUGUGACGUCAGUUCUGCGCAGGGAAACCAAGCGGCACAAGGCGCUCUCCCAGGAGGACCCGAUGGUUCACUACCAAUUGCAGGCAGCAUUGCAAGAUGAGGAGGCUGAGGCUCGCCGCGCCAGGCUUGCGUUUAAAGAGCAGAUGUCGGCGGAGAAAGAAAAGGCGCGCGUCAAGCGUGAGUUGCGCGAGGCGACGGAGAAGCUCAAGAAGAUCCGCACGGAACAGAGAGAGGCCGAAGCCGUGGUGACGGCGAUGGAGCAGAUGAGAGUUUACUCCUUGGAGCAGUUGGGGCAAGGGAACAAAAAAGGCGGUAAUAAGGAGCACCAAAAAGCGCGCUUCCAGGUAUUACAAGCUCUUCGGAAAGCUGCCGAACUGUCACCUGAGCAAACGAGCCAAUUGGAGUUCUUCAAGACGGAAUGGGGCAGUCGGAUGGCUGCGACCCACGGCGAGGACUGGGCGCAGCUCUUUGCUGAGAUGGUUCAGAAGGUGGUGAACGACCUGCAGGAGGGUCGAACAGAUGCGCUGUCUCAGUUCAUGCACAAUGAGACCAGACGCGUGUUAGGCGUCUCCGCGGUGGCGGAGCGCACUGGUGCUGCCGAGUGCUGCUUGCCUCUGGAGCGAGAUCUGGAUGACAUCCCACCGGACGCAGACCUCCUGCUGAAGCCCCUGCGGGAUGACGGGACGGAGUGCUCUGCUGGUGUUUGGACGGUUGACACCCGCGGUGGUGGGGAGGGUGCGAAGGGAAAGGGUGGCAAAGGCAGUAGCCAUGGAGGCACCUUUGGCGUCUUGACCGCCAACUGGGGCGGGAAGUGGACCGUUCCAGAACUGCAUGCGCACAUGCAACAAGAUCUGAAAAGCUCUUCCUGCCAGUUCCUAGUCAUCCAGGAAGCUUCUAGCGACCUGCUGGACUACGUGGGACAAGACCCAGGGAAGGGCGGAGACAGCGCCAAGGGCGCGCAGCGGCCUGCAGCCAAGUUCAUAGGUGUGCGAGGCCCAGAGGAGGGCGACAGCACUAUGAUAUGCGGCAGGGAGCCCCUGGUGUCGGGGAUGCGGCUGCUAGUGUUCCAUCGGACAAAGGAUGGAACAUGCACGCACACGAAGAAGGACAAAGCGAAGACCAAGGUCACGAAGACCGCGGUUAGCAGGAUCAUGACUGCAUCUGCAAAGAUGCGAUUUUGGAGAACCCGCGGUAGCGGAGAGGCCGAUUCUGAUGACCAGGACUUCGAUGAGCUCAGGUUCGCCAGCGUGCACUUGAACUACAAGACGGCGAAGAAAGAGUUGUAUGCUGGUGGAGAGUCCUACAAACGUUUCUGGGAUUUGCUGGCGAGGUACUUGGCCGAGUUCCGCCCCCGCAUUCUCUGCGGGGACUUCAACAUGGCGCUCUUCCUUGUUGUGCCGGAACUGCGGGCGCGCGGCUUCCAGAUCAAUCCGGGGCCCGACCUGCCUGCGAAUUGCUCCAUGGUUAUGGAGACCCUUCGCGACCAGGACGGCAGAGAAACGGGUAAACGCCCCUGCCCCAUCACGAACAUCCCUUUUCUAGGCCAGGGGUCCCCGUGCACCAGCUACCACCCGCAGGUGCCCGCGCGCAGGGACAAGUGCGUUCAGUGGUCUUUCACGCCUGUCUUCGACGAGGUCUCACCCGCGGUGGCGGAGGUCUUGGACAGCGCGAAGAAUGACAAGGCGAUGUUCCCGUUCAGAGUGAACUCCGACACGGGGUCCGCUUCGUGGAGCUGGUCUGGAACCCCGCCGUCGAAACAGAAGCCAGUCCAGUUCGAGAAGUUCGACCCCCAGCGAGAGAUGUUCAAACGUGGAGCACACAUGCCCUUGAUGAUCUACGUGGGCGGGCCUGCUGACGUGCGGCGGACUGCGCAAGCGCAGGCGAAGCGGGCGGCUAACGCGGACAG